AUGAGUGGGUUAGCCAUCAUACAUUCUGAUCUCAAAAUCGCAGAAUUCCGAUCGUUUCUACAAACACUAAGCUACAUGUGUGGACCACGAUCUACAAAAGUCAGUCGGAUUCGGAGUGUCGAUAGCAUCAUCCUGAUGAUUAACCAUGCACUUUCGAAUCAAUUGGACUGGGGAACUUUGGACACUAUGAUCCAAGAAGCACGAGCACGCGGCGAUCUCCUUGCCAGUCAUAUUGUACAACUCAAUUUACAACAAAAUCAGAUAACUGUUAGCCUAAAAGACCCGUAUGAAGGUGAUUCAGACGGCGAAAACUGUGAACGCAACCAGACCUCCACUGAAGUUGUGAUCAGUUUGGAUUUGAAUGCACUGAACAACGCGCGCAACGAUGAACAGCAUCUGCGGAAGCUUCUCUCCGGUGUUGGCGUCGGCGAUAAAAACACCGUCAAACAUCUCCGCCACAUGAUGCACCUGCAAGGUAAGCACCCGGUCAACGACGCGGUUGCAAAAGAGCUUUGGGAACAAAGCCUGCCCAUCGAAGUCCGUAAAUUCAUUUCUGUCAUCGAACAGGAUUCUUCCUUAGCGAAGCUAGCCGAGGUGGCUGGCCGCGUCCUUCAAACCUGCAGGCAAUUCGUGGUCUCUAAAUUUCAGCAACAAUGCACUUCGCAAUCUAACCUGGAGGUCGAGUUUAAUGCAAUGAAAGCUCAAUUUUCUGAGUUAUCCCUCCAACUGAAUGAAGUCACAAAAUUCAUUGGUCGCCCUCAACGACAUAGACGAUCUAGGUCUAGUCAUGCUCCCAAGCACAGUGACCAACUUGGCUGGUGCUACUAUCACCGUCGCUUCGGCGACCGCGCUAGCCGAUGCACCAGAACUUGCACUUUCUCCACGAAACUUUCGAAUUCGGGAAACGCCACGGCCGGCCAGUAA